ACGGUCCCGGCGCCCAGUCCGCUCCGCACCGCGUCGCUUCCCAGACACGCUGCACAGUGUGCUGGCCGACAUGCAGCUUGCCUUCCUACUGCUGUCGGCGCUUGCCGUGCUGCACAGUGUGCUGCACAGUGUGCUGGCCGGGGCUGCCGGGUCCCCAGGGUCUCCGGGGCGGCUGCGCAUCGUGGGUGGCCUGGAGACCUCCAUCGAGCGCUUCAACUACCAGGCCUCCAUCCAGCACAGCGGCACCGGGCAGCACAACUGCGGCGGCUCCAUCGUGUCGCCCAGGUGGAUCCUGUCGGCGGCCCACUGCUUCUACCGUGACCCCUCGCCGGCGUCGUGGCAAGUCCGCGUGGGCACCUCCACCUGGGCCGACGGCGGCGUGGUGCACGAGCUGGACCGCGUGGAGGCCUGGCCCGAGUUCUCCGAGGACGACUUCAAGACGGACGUGGCGCUGGUGCUCCUCAAGACCGCCAUCGCCUUCGACGAGCGCGCCCAGCCCGUCGCGCUCACGUCCCGCGGCGCGGCCGGCCAGGCCAGGCCGGGCUCCUACGGCACCGUCACCGGCUGGGGGCAGCUGGGGUACUGGCUGUUCGACCUGCCCAGCACGCUGCGCGUCGCCCGGCUCCGCUUCAUGGACCCCGACGUCUGCACGAUGGCCUACUCCGACGGUGUACCUCCCUUCGCCGAGACCAUGGUCUGCGCCAGCACCUACGCCAAGGACGCUUGCACUGGAGAUUCUGGCGGCCCCCUGGUGUCGGACCGACGCGUGCAGGUCGGCAUCGUGUCCUGGGGGCAGGGCUGCGCGGAGUACGGCCGGCCCGGCGUGUUCACGGACCUCUCGCACCCCGACGUCUUCGACUUCAUCAAGCAGACCAUGGCGGGGGAGGACGACGUCGUCGAGGACGCCGUCGAGGACGCCGUCGAGGACGCCGUCGAGGACGCCGUCGAGGACGCCGUCGAGGACGCCGUCGAGGACGCCGUCGAGGACGCCGUCGAGGACGCCGUCGAGGACGCCGUCGAGGACGCCGUCGAGGACGCCGUCGAGGACGCCGUCGAACGCGGACACGACUAGGGGCGCCGCGGUUUAAAUACACUUUGAAA